AUGGAAAAGUGUGAAUUCGCUCAACAAGAAAUAAAACUUCUGGGGCAUAUUGUUAGUAAAAACCAAGUUCAAAUUGAUCCUAAGAAAGUGCAGGCAUUUGUUGACUGGCAAGCACUAAGAAAUGUUAAGGAUUUGCGAUUGUUUCUUGGGUUGGCUAACUAUUACAGAAAGUUCAUUGUGGGUUAUUCAAAAAGGGCAGCGACUCUGACUGACUUGUUGAAGAAAGAUGCUAAAUGGAUAUGGAUUGUACGAUAUAAAGAAGCUUUUAAAAAUUUAAAGGAAGCUAUUACAUCUGAACCCAUAUUAAAGUUGCCUGAUUUUGAAUUGCCAUUUGAAGUACAUACUAAUGUGUCUGAUAAGGCUAUUGGAGGCGUGUUAGUACAGGAAGGUCAUCAUGUGACACUUCGAAAGUCGAAAACUGAAUGA